ACAAAAUAAUUGUUGAGACCAGGCUUAACAACCGCACAACAUAAAAGGACGAUCUCAUUUUUCCCUGCUUGGUGACUUUGGAGAGGCUUGGAUACCACUGCUUUUGCACAGACAUUUUGUGAGUCAUAGCGGGAGUUUCGUGUGUGUGGAAGUCGCAUUUACCGCAGUACCUGUUCCAUUCCGACGGCCGAGGUUCUGUCCUACCCAGCACCGUCGCCAGUGUGAAGCCUGCCUAAACUCAGCCCGAGAGGUCCGGCUCCCAGCCCAGCACCCUGAACAUGAGACAGCUGUGUAUCUGUGUGUCUGUCCUGCUAGCCUUGGCCACCAUGGCUGUGGCUAGGCCUAAAGAAGGACUGGAGCAGAAGUGCAAGUCUGGCCCAGUGGACCUCAUGUUCAUUAUUGACAGCUCUCGAAGUGUGCGGCCCCACGAGUUUGAGACCAUGCGCAAGUUCAUGAUCGACAUCAUCCACACGCUGGACAUGGAGGCGAAUGCCACCCGAGUGGGCGUAGUGCAGUACUCCAGCCAGGUCCAGAACGAAUUCUCUCUCAAGACCCAUGGCAAGCUGCAGGGCAUGGUGAAAGGCAUCAAUGAGAUCGUCCCCCUGGCGCAGGGCACCAUGACGGGCCUGGCCAUCAAGUACGUCAUGAACCAUGCCUUCACGGCAGCCGAGGGCGACCGACCCAAGGUGCCCAAUGUGGCCGUCAUCAUAACGGACGGGCGGCCGCAGGACCGGGUGGCGGAGGUAGCAGCCGAGGCUCGAGACAAGGGAAUCGAGAUCUAUGCGGUGGGCGUUGCUCGGGCGGAUAUGACCUCGCUGCGUGCUAUGGCGUCGCCGCCCAUCGAGGACCAUGUCUUCCUGGUGGAGUCUUUUGACCUGAUCUACCAGUUUGGCCUGCAGUUCCAGGACAAGCUCUGCGGGAUGGAUCUGUGCCUGGAGUCUGACCAUGGCUGUGAGCACCUCUGUGAGAGCUCCCCUCGUUCUUUCCACUGCCUGUGUCUGCCAGGGUACACUCUCAACGAGGAUGGCAAGACCUGUAAAGUCAGAAAUUUGUGUGAUGGUGUGGAGCAUGGCUGUGAGCACCAGUGUAUCAGUACACCAGACUCCUACUACUGCAUCUGCCCUGAGGGACAGCUACUGGCGGAGGAUGGCAAGGGCUGCCGAACCUGCAGAUCGGCCAACAUUGACCUGGUCCUCCUCAUCGAUGGCUCCAAGAGCGUGCGUCCCCAGAACUUUGAGCUAGUCAAGCAGUUUGUCAACCAGGUGGUGGACUCCCUGGAUGUCUCCGCCCAUGGGACUCGAGUGGGCCUAGUGCAGUACUCCAGCCACGUGCGCACAGAGUUCGCUCUCAAAAUGUACGAGAAGGCAGAUGACAUCAAGAAGGCAGUGAUGAACGUGGAGUACAUGGAGAAGGGCACCAUGACGGGCCUGGCCCUCAAGCACAUGAUGGAGAACAGUUUCUCGGAGGCCGAGGGUGCCCGCAAGAACAUCCCUCGCGUGGGCCUGGUCUUCACUGACGGCCGCUCUCAGGAUGACAUCACUGAGUGGGCCAAGAAGGCCAAAGAAGAAGGUAUCACCAUGUAUGCUGUUGGUGUUGGGAAGGCCGUGGAGGAUGAGCUGCGUGAGAUUGCCUCAGAGCCACUAGACAAGCACUUCUUCUAUACCACUGACUUCACUUUCAUCAACCAGAUAGCCGAGAACCUCAAGCUCAAUGUCUGUGCAGAGGAGAGCCAGGGAGAGAUUGAGGUGAAAGACCCAUGUGCCUGUGAGAGUCUGGUUGAGUUCCAGCAAGCAACAAUUUCCACUCUGGAGCAGCUGAAAACAAAACUGGCGGGUAUGACUGCACAAUUGGAGGACAUGGAGAACAAGCUGCUGUCACGAAAAUGAGGGAUGUCAUUCAAGUAACCCAACGAGAAUAAGGAGAUGCUUUGAGCAUAGAAUAAUUUUCCUGUCAAGAAUGUAACAGUAAAAACAAAAGUCCUAUCAAUGUCGACUUUCCAUGAUGUAAAUGACCCAAAACAAUAUUUUAUGUAGAAUAUCUUAUUUCAGUGCAUGAAUGUGGACAUGCAAUGGACUUAAGUCAUGUCAAGCACAUCCAUACUUAAUGUAGACAUAAGCACAGGCAACUAGAAAAUACAGCCAUUGCUUAUAACUUAAAGCUCCAAUAUGCAACUUUUUGGGCACCCAACCAAAUUCACAUAGAAAUAUGAGUUAUAGAUCUGUCAUUGAAAGUCUAAGAAGCUGGUAGAUCGGUUCUAUGCUUCCCAUUUUAAAGUUUUGUUUGUGACUUUUUACUUUCAUUUUUGUACAUCUUCAAACAGCUGAAAAUAAAAUAUUAUUGGUUAUGGAAAAUAUAUUUCACAACGGUUUACAUGGUACAAUGAUACUCUACACUAUAAUGUCACUAUGAACUUAAAUUAGGCUAUUAGAAUUUUAGCAACCAGGAAAUGCCGGUGCGAUGUCUCCAUAGUGCGUCUUAAAUACACAGUAUUUUUCCAUUGUCACACCAGACAGUUUUUAUUUGUGCUCCAUUUAUCCUUAAUAUGUUUUAUAUGGUUUGUUAAUGUAAUGUGUUUAUAGCAAGUUUGAUACCAGUAGUAAAUAACUGGGGGAAAAAUAAUUAAUAAGUAUUAUUACCACUUCAAAUUCAGACGCAUUUUCUCAUAGAAAGUAAUAUAAUCCAAUAUUUUUAGAGGAAUAAAUGAUAAGAGAGUCGUAAAGAACACAAAAUGAGGGUUCCUGGUUUCACAAAAGUGAAACCAAGCAUCACAAAAUUACCUAGAUCACAGCAAAACAUUACUGUCAAGAGGAUGAGAAAGUUCUGUAUAAAUUUGAGCUCCAAAAAGACAUCCUAAAUGAGUAAUUAAGAUCACAUUGAUUGUCUUACUUUGUAACUAUUUAUGAAGUUGAAUGAGGUCAUGAAUAUACUGGUAUAUUAUGUGAAAUCAAAAUACCACCACAAAGGAAGGGAAGUUUACACCCAACUUUUGCUGUUGGGUGUAAACUUAAGCAAUAAGCCCCGAGCAGGUGUGGUAUAUGUUCUUACGCAUGACACAACGCGGGGUGCCUGGACACAGCCCUUAGCCGUGGUAUAUUGGCCAUAUAUCACAAACCCACAAGGUGCCUUACUGCUAUUAUGAACUGGUUGCCAAUGUAAUUAGAGAAGUAAAACUACAUGUUUUGUCAUACCCGUGGUAAAUGGUAUGAUAUACCACAGCUGUCAGCCAAUCAGCGUUCAGGGCUCGAACCACCCUGUUUAUCAUUUAUUUUAAAUGGAGUGAGCUUUUACAGUUGAACUGAUUUGCCCUAUCUUUGAAGCAUUUUACUGCAUUUUCUUGAGACCGAGAGAAUAUCACUCAGCAAUGUAAAUGAACAAGAGGGCCUUUUAGUUUCUUUAUUUAGUCUUGUAUUAAACGACCAUGUGAUAGGGAAGAUUUAUACUCCUAUAUUUGGUUACCUGUACUUUUUGUAUUUUUUCUAAUAACCUUUUUCUGUAAUGGUUGAAGACUCUAUUCUGGCACAGAUGGUAAUAAAGACUGAACUGUU